AACAUACGUAUAACUAUUUAUUUUAUUUUAUAUGCUCGCUCUCUGUCUCUCUCUCUCAUUAACGGUUAUCGGAAACUGCUUUUCAGCGCAACUGUUAAUUUUAUCAUCGCUUAUUUUGCUUGUAUAAAGAAACAUGGACGAGACAUCUAAGGUUUCAUCACAAAAGGAGGAGGAAGUCAUCAAGAAAAAGUAUGGAGGUAUCGUACCAAAAAAGCCCCCACUUAUAUCUAAAGAUCAUGAACGGGCUUAUUUUGAUUCAGCUGAUUGGGCUCUUGGAAAGCAAGGUGUAGAGAAGCCCAAAGGACCUCUUGAGGCACUCCGGCCUAAACUACAGCCAACUCAACAGCAAACAAGAUACCGGAAAUCUCCUUGUGCACCAAUAGAUGGAGAAGAUGGAAAUAGUACGACUGCAGCAGAGGACACAGCCAUGACUGAAUGAGAAAGUGAUGCUCCUCAUUAAUGAUCUCAUGAAGCUUCUUUGUUAAUUGUCCUCUUUUUGUUUCAUGAAACAAUACCUACAUUUCAACCAUAUUAUGAUACAAGUUUGCUACUUGCAUUCUUCUUUCUUA